UUCUAUUAUUUUAUAACCCGUACUGCCAACGUGGCUCGUUGAUGUUCUAGCCUUUGUGACCGUCUUCCUCUGCCUUUCGUCAAUGGAAUCAUUAUAUCAAAAAGCGAACAAAUUGUUGAUGGAAGUUGAGAGUCACAUAUCAUCUCUAGGGCACUCGUAUUCGCCUCAACUUGAGCAGGAAAUUGAGGGUAAAUUAGAGGAGUUGUUCUCUGAUAUUCAGAGGUUGGAGCAGAUGGUCGCUAAAGAACCACCUUCCAGGAAGCAGAGCGCCAAACUACGAGUUGAACAAUUGUCAUAUGAUUGUCAGCAUCUACAUAGUACUCUUAGGACGUUCCAACAGAAACAGCGGCUCAAGGAAAAGGAAGAGCACGAUAGGAAUGAAUUGUUGUCAAGGAGAUUUACAGCAAAUGAUCCAGAUACAAGUAUUAUGAUAGAUCACGCAUUACAACACAACCAGUCGCUUCAGAAUGCUAACAGAGGGCUCGACGACAUACUCACGAGUGGUCGAAACAUAAUGGGCAGUUUACGAAACCAAGCAGGCACUCUGAAGGGGGUUCAACGUCGGAUUAUUGAUAUCGGCAAUACGUUAGGUCUCUCGAACACAGUGAUGCGACUCAUUAACAGACGCUCGACUCAAGACAAAUGGAUUGUAUUUGGUGGCAUGAUAGUGACUUGUAUUAUUAUGUAUCUUGUGGUCAGGUACUUGACAUAGUCACUUUCGGUCUAUUCUUCAAAACACGAAUAAAAUGAACGACACGCCUACACACAGUCAGUCAAUGUGA